GACGACGACGACUCUUUCUUUCUUUCCGUUCCCACUGCCUUUCAUUUUCUCUCCCUUUGCUUGUUUCUUUUUUCCUCUCCUCAACUUCAAAGACAACAUUGCCAUAGAUUGGUAGUAGGAAGACUCGAACAAGUUUUAAGCGGGUAAAAUUCAGGGCUUUCAGUAGUUCAUCAACCCUGAAGUGGCAAUCAUGAAUAGGCAGUCGACCUUGCAACAACGCCUAGAGGAGGUCAACGAUCUUUCGAAACUCUCCAACGUAUCCGACGAUGUCAUCGUGGCAUGUCUUCGUGAGAGGUUCAUGCAGGAUAUAAUUUACACCAACGUCGGCUCCAGCGCAUUGGUUGCAUUCAACCCUCACAAAUACAUCACUUCCAACGCGGAUUCUGUUCUUCACAAGUAUGCCGCCGAAUAUCGGGAUACGACUCUGAACAAGGAGCUCAUGCCCCCUCAUAUCUUUCAACUCACAAACAAUGCGUAUUAUCAUAUGAAGAGGACGUCGCAGGAUCAGGCCAUUGUCUUCAGCGGUGAGACCGGGUCGGGAAAGUCAGAAUCUCGCCGUCUGGCUAUCAAGACCAUCCUCGAGUUAUCCGUAUCCAACCCUGGGAAGAAGGGUGCCAAACUAGCCAACCAAGUCCCCGCAGCCGAUUUCGUGCUCGAGUCGUUCGGCAACGCUCGUACCCUCUUUAAUCCCAACGCCUCGCGAUUCGGAAAAUACACUGAGCUUCAGUUCAGCGACCGUGGCCGCCUUUGCGGUGCCAAGACGCUCGAGUACUAUCUCGAGAAUAAUCGUGUUGCUGGAGCUCCUAAUGGCGAACGUAACUUCCACAUCUUCUACUACCUUGUCGCUGGCGCUUCCGCUGAAGAGCGAGCUCACCUACAUUUGGGGGACAAGACACAGUAUCGGUAUUUAGGGCAGAGACCUGGAGCUGUUGCUGCACGGGGUCCGAAUGCUAGAGAUGACGAUGCGUUGCGGUUCGAGCAACUCAAGGUUGCGUUGAAGACAAUUGGGUUUUCCAAGCGCCACGUAGCACAGACAUGUCAACUUCUCGCAGCUAUCCUGCACCUCGGCAAUCUUGAGUUUACCGUGGAUCGUCACCGCAACGAAGAUGCUGCCGUUGUUCGUAAUACUGAUAUCUGUGCUAUCGUCGCCGACUUUUUGGGAGUUCAGCAGAGCGAUCUCGAAGCGUGUCUCUCUUUCAAAUCGAAGCUUGUGAAGAAAGAGAUGUGCACCGUCUUCCUCGAUCCAGAUGGUGCUUCCGACAACAGAGAUGAACUCGCCAAAUCCCUCUAUUCCCUCCUCUUCUCGUGGUUGAACGAACACAUCAACCAACGUCUUUGCAAAGACGACUUCAGCACUUUCCUCGCCCUCUUCGAUCUUCCUGGUCCCCAGAACAUGACUUCCCGCCCCAAUUCCCUCGACCAAUUCUGUAUCAAUUUUGCAAACGAGCGUCUCCAAUACUGGACACAACGAAGGAUAUUCGAAACUCACACGGCAGAGUAUCAAUCCGAAGGAAUCACUCCUUAUAUCCCGCAAGUUACAUACUUUGACAACGCGGAGUCCAUCCGUCUGUUACAAAACAAGCCUGGGGGAUUGAUUCAUAUCAUGGACGAUCAAGCACGUCGAGCACCGAAAAAGACGAACCACACGAUGGUGGAAGCCUUUCAGAAAAGAUGGGGCAACCACUCGUCCUUCAAGACUGGAUCUAUUGAUCGGUCCGGUUACCCAACCUUUACCGUUCACCACUUCAAUGGGCCCGUCACGUAUUCGUCGGAGAACUUUUUAGAGCGUAAUCAACAUGAACUCAACUCUGACUUUGUUAGUCUGUUACGAGGUGGAGGUGCGGAUGGGAACCCCGAAAACGGUGGUUCGAUCAAUCCGUUUGUGAAGGGGUUGUUUAGUGGGAAGGCUAUUGCGAUGCAAGUUCAUCCUCGGAAUGAGGAGACGAUUGUUGGUGCUCAGCAGAAUGUGAAGCCUAUGAGGGCACCGUCGAUGAGGAGGAAGGGAACGGUGAGGAGAAUGCCAACUGUCAGGGAGAGUGGGGAUACUAUGGUUGGAGAGGAGAGUUUCAAGGAUGAGGAUGGGCUUGGUGGUGGUAGUGGUAUUGGCUCGGCAUUAGGAGGAGGGGGAUGUGUUACGGGAGAGUUUCGGGCGGCUUUGGAUACACUUUUCGAGACGCUAGAUGAAGCUCAACCGUGGCAUGUGUUUUGUAUCAACCCGAAUGACUCGCAGUUACCGAACCAGUUGGAAGGGAGGAGUGUGAAGGGACAGGUUAGGAGCUUUGGGUUGACGGAGAUUGCCAAGAAGUGUGCGGUUGUGUUUGAGGUCAAUAUGACGCCGGAGGAGUUUUGUGAAAGAUAUAAGGAGGGUAUGGCUGAGGUUGGUGUCAUGGAAGGGACUGAGAGGGAGAGGGUACAGCAGACACGGACAGCGUUUGGUCUGGAAGGUCAUGAUAUUGUUUUGGGCAAUCAACAAGUCUACCUAUCUCAAACCGCGUUCCAUCUGCUCGAAGAUCAACUCCGUUCCCGAGACGUUGAGGAACAGAAGCGCAAUCGAUUGCGUGAUGCUGAGGCUGAAGCGGGUCUUGGGCCUCGUGGCCUGGCAGAUCCUUAUGCACCUUAUCAUUCGCCUGGCCUCGAAAAUGACGGUGACGAUCCUUGGGCAGCAGGAUACGGUGACAACCUCAACGCCUCCAGCCAACAACUUCCCCUUGUGUCCAACGCUUCUCCCUUCCUCCGUGCAGAUCAAUACGAUGACGAAUACGAUGAGAACCGUUCCCUUCGUAGCGAUGACUUUGAUGGUCGUAGCCGACUCACAAGUCAGCGUGAUGAUUCUAUUUCCCAAUUCGGCUCAGAGAGUUAUGCACCUUCUCGGAACAUGUUCCAUAAUGCUGAGAAGACUGGGCUGGUCAACAAGGAGGCCUUACCUGGCGAAAUUCAAGAAGGAGAGACGACUGAGAUCGUUAAGGAGAGCUCUGCCCGCCGUCGUUGGGUCGCUCUUUGCUGGAUCUUGACUUGGUGGAUACCUAACCCUUGCCUAACUUACAUCGGACGUAUGAAGCGAAUGGAUGUGCGUCAGGCAUGGAGGGAGAAGCUUGCGCUGAACAUGAUGAUCUGGUUCCUUUGCGGCAUUUCUAUUUUCGUCAUUGCGAUCUUGGGAAGAUUGAUCUGCCCUACGCAACACGUCUUCAGUACGACCGAGUUGUCUGGACAUUCGUUUGAGAACAAUCCGGACAAUGUGAUGACGGCUAUUCGUGGCGAGGUUUUCGACUUGACGAAGAUUUCGGAGUUCCACCUGAGGGCGGUGUCUGUGGUAGCGCAGAAAAACGUGUUGAAGUACGGUGGCAAGACGAUUGAUGACAUGUUCCCUAUGCAAAUCAGCGCAGUGUGCGACGGUGAAGAUGGAAACCUCAGCCCCUUCAUUACCUUCAAUCCCAAGAACACAUCUGGGGACCCGAAUGCCUUGUAUCAUGAUUUCCGUUCCUUUACAGAUGACCCCCGCCCCGACUGGUACUUUGAACAAAUGAUUACCAUGCGUUACUUGGCCCGCGUCGGUUUCCUCGGCUUUACCCCCAAAGAGGUAAAAAACAUGGCCCAUUCUUCUCGUUCGGUUGGCGUCUACAAAGGCUUGAUUUACGAUGUCACGGACUACAUCAAAAGUUCAGGUAGUCUUACUCCUCCAAAUGGCACCACCGCGCCGAACGUUCCCACAUCCUUCAUGAAUGACAAGGUUAUCGAUGUCUUCCGAUACAACUCCGAUGGUGGUGAUAUCACGAAGAAGCUGGACAACCUCAACCUAGACAAGGCUGUACUUGCGCGACAGAAAACCUGCUUGCGGAAUGUAUUCACCAUCGGAAAGGUGGAUAACCGAAACAGCCCCCAAUGUCAGUUCGCGACGUACAUUCUCUUGGCUAUUUCAAUCAUGAUGAUUGCUGUCAUUGGGUUCAAGUUCUUGGCUUCAGUCAACUUUGGUUCGCCGAGGGCUCCGGAAGACCAUGAUAAGUUUGUGAUAUGUCAGGUGCCCUGUUAUACGGAAGGCGAGUCUUCGUUGAGGAAGACUAUCGAUUCGUUGGCUCAGCUCAAGUAUGAUGACAAGCGCAAGUUGCUUCUUGUUGUAUGUGAUGGUAUGAUCGUUGGUUCUGGUAACGAUCGUCCAACGCCGAGGAUUGUUCUUGAUAUCCUGGGGGCUGAUCCCAACCUGGAUCCCGAACCGCUUAGUUUCGUCUCCCUUGGGGAAGGAGCUAAGCAACACAACAUGGGCAAAGUCUAUUCGGGUCUUUACGAGUGUUCUGGACAUGUCGUACCUUACCUCGUCGUGGUUAAAGUUGGCAAGCCGAAUGAAAGGUCGCGUCCUGGUAAUCGUGGAAAGCGAGAUUCGCAGAUGGUGAUCAUGCAUUUCUUGAACAAGGUCCAUUUCAAUGCUCCUAUGAACCCUCUGGAGUUGGAGAUGUACCAUCAGAUCAAGAACGUCAUCGGUGUCAACCCUACGUUCUAUGAGUAUCUGUUCACCGUCGAUGCCGAUACAACUGUCGACAAGUUCUCUGUCAACCGACUCAUCUCUGCUAUGAUACACGAUAAGAAGCUUCUGGGCGUUUGCGGUGAAACAGAGUUGGCUAAUGCGAAGCAGUCCAUCAUUACGAUGAUGCAGGUUUACGAAUACUUCAUCUCGCAUCACAUGGCCAAAGCAUUCGAGUCAUUGUUUGGAUCCGUUACCUGUCUUCCCGGCUGUUUCACACUCUAUCGUCUUCGCACCCCGGACACCCACAAACCCCUGCUCAUCUCAAACCAGAUUUGCCAAGACUAUUCAGAGAACCGCGUUGACACGCUUCACAUGAAAAAUCUGCUACACCUUGGUGAAGAUCGGUAUCUCACGACACUGCUCCUCAAACACUUCCCCAUUCACAAGACGCAGUUCGUCCGUGAUGCUCAUGCAUACACAGUUGCGCCCGACGAUUGGAAGGUCUUGUUGUCCCAGCGUCGACGUUGGAUUAACUCAACGGUGCACAACUUGGGUGAACUCAUCUUCUUGGAGCAACUUUGUGGUUUUUGCUGUUUCUCAAUGAGAUUCGUGGUCAUGAUUGAUCUUGUUUCGACGCUCAUUCAGCCUGUUACAGUCGUCUACAUUGUCUACCUCAUCGUGUCAGUCUCUUUGGGGGACAUGGUUGUUCCUUUACAGUCACUAAUCAUGCUUGCUGCUAUCUAUGGUCUCCAAGCGUUGGUGUUCGUCCUUCGCAGAAAGUGGGAUAUGAUUGGUUGGAUGAUUUUCUAUAUCAUCGCCAUUCCGGCCUUCUCGUUCUUGUUGCCGCUAUAUUCGUUCUGGAAAAUGGAUGAUUUCUCUUGGGGUGCCACUCGUCUUGUGCUCGGAGAAUCUGGCAAGAAGAUUAUUGUCCACGACGAAGGCAAAUAUGACCCUAGGUCUAUUCCUCUCAAGUCAUGGAGCGACUACGAAAAUGAACUAUGGGACAAAGAAUCUAACCACAGUAUCGGCUCCUGGGUUCCGCCCAACAAGUUCAAGAACGACGGAUAUGCUGAGUCUCAUACGGCUUCUAUCUAUGGCCGGGAGACGAUCUAUCAGGAACCUCGAAGCUUCUCUCCUUCACCUUCACAAGGAGGGAUGUAUCCUCCACCGGGAUACCAUUCCGGGAGGAAUACGCCUUUAUCACAGAUGCAGGUUCCCGCGUCGAUAUAUGGUGGACCUCCUACGACUCGCAGCAUGCUUUAUCAACCAACACCUUCCCGGCCCCAGUCCAACUAUCUGGAACUUCCUUUUGACUCUAGAAGUCCCAACACUAGCCCGCCUGCACCCGGAACACCCUCGGACGUGGAGCUCGAGAGAGCUGUCGGCCUCAUUCUGAGUCAGGCUGACUUGAACAGCGUAACGAAGCGAGAGCUGAGGAGACAGUUGGAAGAACAGUUCAGGAUGGAUCUUACAGCGAAGAAGGGGGUCAUUAAUGCGGCCAUUGACAGAUGUCUAGCCGAACAGGCGUGACUGGGACAAAGAUGACCACUUGAGUGUUCUCUAUCCCUCCGUUCCUUUGCUACUUGGAUUUUUUUGGUUGAGUUUUGUUUUAAAACCUUACGGCAUGUGGGUUGGAAGGGUGACUGAUACUCUUUUGAACUUUCUAUUACCUUUUUUACACUAGUCCCCCUUCCCCGUCUGUGCGGUAUGCUAAUCAUUCAUAUUAUUCAGCAAACGGACUGAAUGUUUAUAUCUUUUCUCGUCCACUCUCUUUAAGUAGAUCAUCGUUCAAGUUAGUUCAUCGUUGUCAGAUUCAAUUGUUUUCUUUGCAAGCUAAUGGACAUCUCAUCACAUCUUUUCUGCGAGUUUUAGUCGCACCUGAAGUAUUAUAAUUGAAUCAGGUUGCGGUGGCAGCCCUUAUCUUCGCCC